UUCGUUAGAUAUAUGAAUAUAGAAUUGCUUAAUUAAUGAAAUAAACCCUCAACAUGACGGUGAAACCGCGAGACGUACCGGAUACUGACGAUGACCCCGUCGAAAGCAUGCUGAAGAAAACCGGAUGCCUUGAAUUACAUUAUAAAGUACAGGAGUGCAUAGCCACCACGAAGGAUUGGAGGAAAUGCCAAACAGAAGUCGAGGAGUUCCGCACUUGUAUCGGCAAGCACAAGCAACAGGAGAUGGCCAAAGCCAGGAACUAACUCUGAGGUGCAGCAUAGCACCAUA